GUACAGGCUCGGUUAGUUUAGCGGGAUAAUGUGGACCAAUAGCUAUGUGUGGACACGGCAACAACAAUACAUGAAUUGUUCCCUCUUGUUGGAGGAACAUCUAACAGGGAAAGAUGGCGGAAGUGGAUAAGGAUGGCGAUCCUGCGGCUGAGAAAGAUGACCUACAGAUUUUAAAGGAACUAGUGGAUGAGUUGUAUCAUUUUCGGGAUCAUUACUUUGAGACUCACAGUGUGGAGGAUGCAGGGAGGAAACAGAGUGAUGUGGCACAGGAGAUGGAGAAGACUCUAACGAAGCUUAGGGAGAAAGAAGAGUCGUAUAAGCACAGCGCUGAGUUCCUGCUGCUGCGGGGCCGCUGCCUGGGGGUGGCACCAGAGUUUAGCACCACCGCCGAGGAGUGCCUGUCCAGGGCUGUGAAGCUGGAACCUGGGCUGGUGGAGGGCUGGAAUAUCCUGGGGGAGCAGUACUGGAAGAAAGGAGACCUGACCACCGCCAAGACUUGUUUCACUGGAGCCCUGCAGCAGAAAAAGAACAAGGUGUCUCUGCGCAGUCUGUCCAUGGUGCUGAGGCAGCUACCGGGCGUUGAUGAGCAGGGGAAGAGGGUCCUGGAGAGUGUGGACAUGGCCAGGCAGGCUGUACAGCUGGACGUCACAGACGGCACCUCCUGGUACAUCCUAGGAAACGCCUACAUCUCCCUGUUCUUCACCUGCGGACAGAAUCCACAGAUGUCUCAACAGGCUCUGAGUGCCUAUGCACAGGCUGAGAAAGUGGACCGAACAGAAACCUCCAACCCUGAUCUACACUUCAACAGAGCCACGCUGUUCCAGUAUGAGGAGAUGUUUGGGUCUGCGCUGGGGGGGUACAGCCGGGCUGCGGCACUGGACCCCGCAUGGGAGGAGCCUCCAGAGAGGGAGAGGCAGCUGAUGGAAUACCUGGAGAAACUCACAGCACUCACAGAGAACAAGGGGAAGGUGAAGGCCCGGCGCCUGCGGACAAUGCUCUCCAACCUCAGCACGUCGGCCCUGGGGCCGUGCUCCUCCCCUCAGUUCCGCUCCCCCGCAGGCCGCGUUGGGAGCCUGGAGCCCCGCAACCUGUCUGCCUUGACACACGGCCACAACACUGGGGUGGCUGCCCUGGGCAAGGUGGUGUUCAGCCUGGCCUCUGAGGGACGCAUGGCCUUUACGUUUGGCAUGGUGGACAGUGAGGAGACCUGCUGCGUGAUCAUGGUUUAUAACACGGCAGACAGUUGGGGUGUUCUGAUUGGCGACUCAGUGGUCAUCCCAGAGCCCCAGGUCAAACGCCACAGUGUAGCCCACAAGGACCAGACGUUUGACUUCCGCAGUAUACGAGUGGACUCUCCCCUACUCCUCGUCGUCAAUGGCAAGAGACAGAAUGUCCAGGCUCAGACUGCAGCCUCCGUCAGUUACAAGCCCCAGAGUGAAUGAGAGGAGGAGGGCGGCGGAGGGAAGAAGCAUGAUGAGCGAGUGCCUGUUUUUUUUUCUUUUUUUUUUCUCAAAAUGUUUUCAUGUGUGAGUUUUGUAAAUAGUAGAUCCUUGUUAUGUUAGUCUUUAGGAAUACACUGUUUGUACAUAUUUAUAAAUAUUUCUUUUUUUUUUGUAUUUUGUGGGAGGGAGGCUGGGGGAUUUUGUAAAUGACUGCCUACAAUAUGAUAAUUCAUUGUGAUGACAAUGGUGUCAGGCUUAUGUGUUCAAGACAUUAAAACAAACAUCCCCAUUCCCCAAA